AUGGAUAGAUUACCGAACGAGUUGAUCUUUCUAGUUGGGAAAUACAUUAAAGACGAUGUGUUCGCGAAACUAGCUCUGAGCCAGUGCUCCCGCAGACUUCAGUGGCUGUUUGACCCUCCUCUAGCUUAUUCAUAUCUCUACAUUUCCUCCAUAGGAACACGUGAAUUCGCACUCAUUCGGCACCUGUGGUGUCGUCCUGACUUGGCACGUCUCGUCCAACAUGCUUAUUUGGGCUUCGCGUGGUGUUUCCGUCCGGAUUCCCAGCCCAUCACUGAGGCUUGCUACCCGCAGUGGAAUUGGAUGGUUGAACAUAUCCUUGAUGAUAUAUGUGAGUCUGAAUAUGAGAAAACUGCGUGGAAUAUGCAGCUACGACGAUUUUGCGAAGAGGCCUGGCUGGGAGUGCUACUCACUCGCUUAAAUAACCUGAAGAGCGUCACGCUGGCCUAUGGGAAUAAUCAAGGGUUGAUCAAUAGUAUCUUGGACAAAGCGGCCUACCACCGACAACCAUUUAACAGGACCACUCCGUUCCAGCUACUGCUAAAGGUCACACUCAAAAGCCAAUUCAGCUGGCUCCAAUGUAAUUUACCUUUUGCAAUGGGCUUGUUUCAUCUGCCAGCUAUUCGCACGAUCCAGGGCAUCAAAAAUAUGGGACUCUCCUUCAGUUGGAAUGAACCUCGGAAUGUCGAAUUUCUCAGGCCUGAAACACCGCCCGAGUUCAGUCACUGA